AUGGACACUUGUCCAAGCAACUUCGACCGGAAUGAACUCACGAACACGUGCUGGACCGAGUGCCCUAUGGAGUUCCCCGUGGAGUGCGGCAUGGAAUGCAUCCGACAGAACAGCGACUGUGGACUGGAAGUGGCCAGCAAGGUCUCGGCGCUGGCCAUGGCGAUCUUCGGCACUGCCACCUUGGGCGUGGUCGGUGAGCUGGUGAAGCUGGGCAAGAAGUUGACGUGGGCCGUCAAGUGCACGAACCAGUUGCUGCUGGUGAUGAGAGGUAUUAUUCGGUACGUCCGCAACGUCAAGACGGAAGACCCGCAGACGACGCAGCAGAAGCUCCUGCUCAUGCUGUACCAGACGAACAACGUGGUCACCGACCUGCCCAUGGCCAUCUACGCGUGUAAGGGGAAGGAGAUCCCUUCCAAGCUGCGGCUCUCGCAGAUCGUGCUGGCCACGUCGCAGUGGAUGCUGCUCCAGGCGCUCACCUACGACGACGACAUCAUCUCCAGUUGGUCGAGGUUCAAGGCCUUUCUUAAAGGAGCCAACUUCACGGAGGCAGCAGAGGAGAUCACGGAGGGGGAGAUCGAUUCACUCAAGACGGCCAUGAAGCAGAACUCGAGUUGCGGUGGCGACUUGAAGUCGCUCACUGACCGCGUCUGGCUGACGGUGAACGAGUACAGGCAAGAUAAUCCGGGCAUCACCGACGACGAGCUGCGGCUGAAGAUCAGCGAGUCCGACCUCGUGCUCAAAGAGACCGCCAACAAGACGAGGGAAACCCUGCGCAAGACGUUCGGAGUCAUCAUCAACGACCUCAUCAAGUCCGGCAAGAGCGAAAACUGCACGUCGCUGGACGAGAAGAUGGCCGCGUACAAGUAG